AUGUCUCCCUUGGUCCUCUACCCCGUGCUAGCCCUAGGACUGCGGCUCUCCCAGCAUCAAUUUCUCAACAUCAGCACGACCAGAAGUAAGAUUCUACACUUUUUGUCGGAGUUUACCUGGGAUCUUCUAUGCAAAGCAUAUGCCGAUCAAACAUUCGAUCUCAAGUACUUUCAAGCUCUCUGUCUGCUGGCUCAAGUUGACUUUGCCUGCUGCAAACCUGGACGGGCACAAGCACAGGUCGCCCUAGGACUCAGGCUCGCCGGAAGCCGCGGAAUGCUUGCGUCAGAAGAUCCAAGUCGAAGCGACAAUGAAGAGUCUUUGGAGAAUCGUGAAAUGAUAUGA